GAGACUCGACGGCAACAUUUAACGACCUCACUUAAGAACAGACGAGAAAUGUCUCUGAAACCUUACUUCUCUCUACACUCAUCACCCACUAGUGAAAAACUUUCCAACUUUUUGAUCGCUCAACAACCCUCCGGUGACCGGAAAACUACCCCGGCCGAGGAGUUUUCUCCGCUGGUUGAGAAAUUCAACCGGCGGCUUCUUCUGGGUGUAGGAUCGUCCUCUGUUCUUGCGAUUGGUGCGAAUUUCGGAGGAAUCACGAGUUUUCGUACUUGGUUAUCGCCGGAAGUUGGCCGUAAUCUGAAACUCGACGUCGUUUAUCCGAUUGGAGGAUAUAGCAGAUGUAUCGAUACGGUUGAAGGAUUCGAAUUUAUAUAUCCGGCUACGUGGGUCGGAGACCAGACCACUUUGUAUAGAGCGGCGGAGAAAUCAGAACGGGAGAAUUCGCUAGACCUUCCUCCGGCAAGAAAACAGUCAUCGGAAAAAACGUUAAUGAACCGGUUGUUGCAUUUGGACCUCCCGGUUCGACCGGCGAGCUCAAUGUCAGUGUUAUCGUCUCCCCUGUCUCACCCAGUUUCUCGUAAAAUCGAAGCGUUUGGAGGGCCAAAAGAAGUAGGAGAAGCAAUAGUAAGAACAGUGACAGGAUCUGGUCAACGAACAGAUUUAAAAGGAACUUUGCUAGAAUCAAAUCUUAGACAAGAUUCAGAGAGAAACUUCAAGUACUAUGAGUUGGAGUUUAAAGUCGAAUCACCUCUUUUCCGGCGGCAUAAUGUAGCUAUUUGUUGCGCUCACGGUGGCCGGCUUUAUACACUGAACGCUCAAGCUCCAGAGUCAGCUUGGUCAGAGAGAGAAAGACAAAUGGCUAUGCCUAGGGCAACCUCUGGUCCCGCAUACCCGGAGAGGUUCUACGCCGCCGCAUCUUACGUCGGUCUCGACGGAUCUGAUUCGUCGGCGAAAAACGUCAGCUCGAAAUUCUCCGAUGAUACUGCACUACUUCUCUAUGCGCUGUACCAUCAGGCUACUGUAGGACCAUGCAACACUCCGAAACCUAGUGCAUGGAGACCAGUGGAGCAAAGCAAAUGGAGAAGAAUCCAGAUGCCUCACGAAUUAGGGAUACGGGAAAGGAGUAUUCUAAUUGGGCUCGGAACCAUGCCCUCCAUUGAAGCAAUGCGUCUCUUUGUGAAAAUUCUGGAGGAAGAUGAUCCGGGUUGGUAUUCGAGGGCAUCUAAUGAUAUUCCAGAUCUGUUAACGAAAGAUGAGCCUGUUGUUGAGAAUGGGAACUCAUUUGGUGAGACAAAGACAAUUUCUACUGAGAAUGGACGUUUGGCUGAAACCCAGGAUAAAGAUGUAGUCUCAGAAGACUCAAAUACUGUUUCUGUAUAUAACCAGUGGACUGCACCCCAAACAUCAGGUCAGCGGCCAAAAGCCCGUUACGAGCAUGGAGCAGCAGUUAUUCAAGAUAAGAUGUAUAUAUAUGGUGGAAAUCACAAUGGCCGUUACCUUGGUGAUCUUCAUGUUCUAGAUUUAAAAAAUUGGACUUGGUCAAGAGUUGAAACCAAGGUUGCAACUGAUGAACAGGAAACAUCAACUCCAACAUUAUUAGCUCCUUGUGCUGGUCAUUCUUUGAUAGCAUGGGACAAACAAGCUGCUGUCAAUCGGUGGUCAUACAAAGGAUCCCUCAGAAUCUAUGCAAGUGAAGGUCUUUGAUCCCAUACCAGUACAUGGUCAAUGUUAAAGACAUAUGGAAAACCACCGUAUAUCUUCAUUUCUCUCAAUGUUGUCUCAUUUGUUUUCCUGUCACCUUUGUAUGGAAAUAUUCCAGUUUUAUAAACAAUUAAUUUUUGG